AUGCUUCCUGGCCGCAGAAACUUCCGCUUGCCGCACAGCGUCACCUGCAUAGCUGAGAUCCUUAGCUUCUGUGCAAAUGAUGACCUGAUGCAGGAGCCCUCAUUUAAGAACGCCCACAACAAAAGAACUUUGCUAGACCAGCUCGGGGUGAAGUCGCUGCCCACCGCGCGGUCGCGCUGGAUAUUUGCCACUGGCACAUCCGGUGAUGACCGUCGACUGGGUAUCCGGCGAGUUCGGCGGUAUACGGAGCUCACCAACCGGCCAAGUGGCCGAUCACAGAAGGCCAUCGGCAUUAACCAUCCUUAUGAAUCAUGA